CCGCAGCUCGUGAAUUCAUCGCCUUGGGGCAUACGUGUCCUUGAGCCCCUCUCUUAAGUCUGAACCACCACCCACGUUCACUCUGACUACUGACGCUCUGGAAACAUGUCCCGCGUCAAGCUCGACGGCACCUCCUCGCUCACCUUCUACCAGGACGCGCUCACUACUGCCCGGCGCACGAGCCCGAUCGCGCAGCUUGUGUGUAUCGGUAAGCCGUGCGCGCUGUACCAGCCUGAGGUCGUGCACUGCAAGAACAUUGGCGGGUCGGGUACCGAUGUCGACUGGAAGUGCGAGGCCGACUUGCCCUCGUCGUUGCGGUUUGGGAAGGUCGAGGUUGGGUGCGAGGGCUGGAGCGGGCCUGGCGACGCGUAUGUUCUCAAAGGAUCAUGCUCGCUCGAGUACCACCUCGUACAGCUCCCAGCUUCGCUGCGAGAUGCAUCUUCCGGCUCGGGAUCGGGCUCGCAGUGGUUCGCAUCCUUCGACCUCGGCGGCCUCAUCUUCAUGAUCAUAUGGGUCGCCCUCCUCGCCUGGAUACUCUACAGCUUCCUCUCCUCCUGCCUCCGCUCCUCCUCCGGCCCACGCCGCCUCAUGCCGCCUUCUUCCUCCUCUUCCUACCGUGGUGGCGGCGGUGGCGGUGUCCCGAGCGGCGGAUACGGCAGCGGCCCCGGUGCCUACCCAGGCAGCUCAGACGACGCCCCACCUCCCUACACCAAAUCCGCCCCCUCCGCCUCCGGCGCGCAAGGGGAAGGACAAGGCUGGCGCCCCGGCUUCUGGACGGGCACGCUCCUCGGUGCACUCGGCCAGCGCAUGUUCAGCGGCAACAACAACAACAACAACAGGGACAGGGACAACUAUGGCAGCGAUAGAUACGACGACAUGCGGCAGCGCCGCGGAAGCGGCUGGACGUGGGACUGGCAGAGCAGCAGGGAGCCGUUUGCUACUAGCCGCAGCUCGGGCGGUGGACGGGCGCGGCCGACGUUCGCGCGGGAUGAUGAUCGGGGCGAGGGAUCGUCGAGUAUGGGCGCGAUGCGGAGCAGCACGGGAUAUGGGCGGUCGAAUGUGCGGUGAGCGGGUGCCGGUUGUUAGAUUGCGGAGGUUUGGGCCCCUGCGUGAACAACGUUGGGAUUGAUGUAUGUAUGUUUCGCUAUAUAGCGCACAUUUUGUUUUCUGUCAUCUCCUGUUUUCGGAUACUGUGAUCAUGUAUCGCUGUUUGUGAACCCACCUCACUGCGAGUUCUUCUUGCAGCAUUUCUCCUCAUUCGAUGCGCCCUCACCUCA